AUGGACCGAUUACCAGAAUUUCCCCCAUUUGAGUAUGCAGACAAGGCUGAUGCAGGACCAAAGUGGGAGAAGUGGAUUGAGCGAUUGGAACUAUUAUUCACUGGAAUGAACAUUGACGAUACUGGCCGGAGAAGAGCGCUUUUAUUACACUACGCUGGAGAACGUGUCUUCGACAUCUACAACGCCGAAAAGGAAGAUUCGCCAACUACAUACGUAGGAACGAAACAGGUACUGUCUACAUAUUUUUCUCCGCGGAAAAACAUACAAAUGGCUGUGUACAAGUUUAGAAACUGUAAGCAAUCGGGCACUCAAACACUUGAUGAGUAUGUAACUGAACUCCGUAGAUUGUCAAAAGACUGUGAAUUUAAUGAUGUAAACAAAGAAAUCUUAUCCCAAAUCAUUCAACACUGUCGCUCAAACCGCCUGCGGAGGAGAGCAUUACGUGAGCCCGAUAUGACCCUGCAGAAUUUAAUGGAUCUAGGCCGAGCAAUGGAAGUGGCUGAAACACAGGCGCAAACAAUGGAAGAACAGAGUGAGCGUGCUGUGAAUUUCGUAAACAAACCACGUGUGAAAUUUAAGAACAGACAGAGUGAGAAGCCGAAAGGUCAAUCUAAGUGCACGGCCGUGAGCGCUGCCGUGGCGAACACGUGUAGGAACUGCGGGGGACCGUAUCCGCACACAGCAGAAUGCCCCGCUAAAGGCAAACAGUGCCGCUAUUGUAAGAAACUUAAUCACUUUGAGAAAGUAUGCCGGUCAAAGAAAAGUAAUGGUGCCAAGGGAAGCUAUCCAAAGAAACACAAAACGCGAGUUGUGCGAGAGUUGGAUGUGGAAAAUAUGUCCUCAACUGAUGAAGAGUAUUUGUAUACUAUUAACUGUAGCAAAGGCCCAAAACAGUGUCUUAAGGUCAAUGGAACUUACUGCGAUUUUCUCCUUGAUACCGGAGCGUCAGUAAAUAUCUUGGACGAAGCAACUUACCUAAAGUUGGGACAACCCAGACUCGAAACAAACGGUUCCAAGCUUAUGCCGUAUGGAGGAAAUGCACCGCUGGAUGUGAUUGGCUCAUGUUUACUUGAUGUUCAGUGGAAAAACAUCAUGCAACAACACAAAUUCUAUGUUGUCCGUGGGAGCAAUGGAGCGUUGUUAGGUUAUUCUACGUGCCGUUCUCUAGAACUUGUACAUAUUGUGAACCAGCUGUCUCAUGCUGAUGUCACUCGGAAACACCAAGACGUGUUCAAAGGAAUUGGUAAACUUGUCAACAAAACAGUCCACAUUCAUACAGAUACUUCGGUGAAGCCAGUUGCGCAGCGGAGCAGACGUAUACCGUUUCAUUUGCGUCCGAAAGUUGAAGCGGAGCUACAAAAGCUGCUAGAUGAUGACAUCAUAGAACGCGUAGAAAACGAACCAACACCAUGGGUGUCACCUAUUGUCUGCGUCCCUAAGAAAAAUCCUGAUGAGAUUCGUGUUUGUGUAGACAUGAGAGAGCAAACAAAGCGAUCAUCCGUGAACGACAUUUAA